AUGAACAACUCACAAUUCCGAAAGCUCGUCCUUGAUACCCCCGCGCGGCAAGGCUCUUCUUCUUCCCCGUCAGAUAAGACUACGCAAAGUCGAAAUGGCGCAACCCCAUCUGCGCUGGGCUCGCGGAUGCGCAGCUCGAUUCCUAUGACACCACGUACAGUAGCAGGUUACAGCAGCUCCAACGACUUUGCUCGCCAACUCGCCGAACGCAACUCUUCCCAAACCACCAAGAAAUUCCGCAGCAGUGCAGCGCCGAAAGGUGCCAAGUUGCCAGAAGGCUAUGUCGACCGCGCGAAACAAAGAGUUGGAGAAGAGGGAGAGGAAGAUAGUGAGAAGGUGCAGAGGGUUAAGGCGUUAGAGGAGAUGAUGAAGCUGCAGCAAAUUGAUGAGGCGACUUUUGAGAAGCUAAGGGAAGAGAUUCUGGGUGACGAGGCGGGGGUGGAGCGGGCGGGGUUGGUGAAGGGGUUGGAUAGGAGUAUGCUUGAGAGAGUUAAGAGGGGAGAGCUGACUACGGAGGAUGUGUUGGAGGGGAGAACGGGGAAGAGAGAGGAAGGACAAGUUGAUACCAGAGAAGAGGAUGUUGAUGAUGAGUUUGAGAGGUUGGAGGAGAGGGAGGUUGAGGCUAUCCAUAAGGAGAAAGAGAAGAAGAAGGGGGAGAUGGCGCCUCCUGCUUUGACGGGGAAGAAGCGGAAUCGAGACCAGAUUUUAGCAGAGCUGAAGGCUGCGAGAUUGGCGGCGAAGGAAGCCGCACAGCCGUCUUUAGGCUCGAGGUUCAAGAAGGUUGGAGAUAGAAGGGGAGAAAGUAGGAUUGAGAGGGAUAGUAAAGGGAGGGAGGUACUGAUUACAGUUGAUGAGGAUGGCAAUGAGAAGAGGAAGGUUAGGAAAGUCCAGGUGCAAAAGCCAGCCGUCGAGAAGGGCCAUGGAUUAUUGAUGCCCGACAAAGAUGCCGUGCCUUUAGGGAUGGAUGUCCCGGAAAUUCUCAAGCCGGCGGAGGUAGAAGAGGAAGAAGAUGACAUCUUCGAGGGUGCGGGAGAUGAUUACGACCCAUUAGCAGAUUUGGAGGAUGAGGAUUCUGAGGAGGAAGGAGAAGAAGGCGAGGUUUCGGAGCCGAAGGAGAAGAAGCCCGAGAAAGAGUCAAUUCUGGAGGAAUCAGCCCCUGGAAGUAUGGCUCCACCACCAAAGCCAAAACAACCAACAGGACCGAGAAAUUACUUUGGCGAGUCCAAACCAGAACCGUCAUCUGAUACCUCUGGACCAAAACCGAUGCUGGAUCCUACAAUUCUUGCCGCACUCAAAAAAGCGUCAACACUCAACCCAAUUUCCAAGGAGGCAGAAAGCGAAGAAGAGGCUGCCAAAGCAGCUCGACGUAAGAAGAUGGUGCAACAAGACGACAGAGAUGCCCAAGAUAUGGACAUGGGUUUUGGCAGCAGCAGAUUUGCAGACGAAGAAGACUUUGAGGAGAAGAAAAUGAAAUUAUCGGAGUGGGGAAGUAAGGAUGACGAUGGCGACGAAGGAUGGAAGGGCGAUGGGAAGGGCAAGCGGAAACGGGGUCCUAAGAAGCGUAAGGGGGAUGCUAAUAGUGCGGCUGAUGUGAUGAAGGUGCUUGAGCGGAGGAAAGCUGAAAAGUAG